AUCCUCCUCCACCCAGCCUGUGUGUGUUCGAGAGAGAGAGAGAGAGAGAGAGAGAGAGAGACAGUCCUUUACCAUGAAGCAUUGUGUGCUGUUGUCGUUGUUGUUGGCGUUGGGGUGCGUGCACGUCCACGGCGCACCGGUGGAGCAGGGCGGCUUGCAGCAGGGGUCAUGUGAAGACGCGUCAGCUCUGGGUGCUGCUGGAGAGGCUCUCACCAAGAUCAACCAGGACCGGCAGGAGGGCUACAUCUUCGGACUGCACCGUCUGUCCAACGUGCACACGGCACAACAUGGAGAGAACGGCGUGGUCUUCUACUUGACUCUGGAUGUUGUUGAGACCAACUGCAGCGUUCUCAGCAGGAAGGACUGGAAGUCCUGCGAGAUUCGACCUGAACAUAACACACCGGUAUAUGGACAGUGCAAAGCUGCCAUCUACAUCAGCAAGGUGAACAGAGUGGUGCGUCUCUACAAAUACAGCUGUGUGGUCAGACCAGCUCCUAGAGGUAGGAUCCAGAAGACCUGUCCCGACUGUCCAGCUCUAAUGGCCCUGGACAACCCUGAGGUUCAGAAGACUGUGACUUCCUCACUGGAAAAGUUCAACAGUGAGAGCGGGCUGGCCAAACAUUUCGCUCUGCUCAAUAUCACCCGUGCUUCCGCUGGAAUGGCCUUUAGCAUGUAUUACAAUGCAGAGUUCACCAUCCAAGAGACCACCUGCGACAAGACCACUGAAAAAGUGACGGCCGAUAAGUGCCCCCUCAUGGAUUGCGAGUUCUCUCACAAGGGCUUCUGUAAGGCAUCCAAUUACCACACUCCCACUGGUGACAGCGAGUUCAGUGUAGAGUGUGAGAUCUAUGAGCCUGAGGCUGCUGAGAGAGAGAAGAAACUGCACCUGCUGGGCGGAGAGACCGACCACAGCCACACCGACACACACACACUUAGCGGCGACCAUGAACACGCACACGCCACCGACCAGACACACACACACGACCACGUCCACGACCACACCAAGAGCCACUCUCACCACGACAAAACCAUGAAGCACGCUGAAGACAGCGACCACCACCACACUCACGACCAUGACGCGGGCAGCGCCCAAAGGCACGCCCACGAUCACUCCCACGACCACGGUCACGGCCAUGAUCACGUGCACACUCAUCACGCCAAAGCUCACAACCACAGCGGCGACUCACCCAACCACCACCACGACUAUAAGCACGCCGACGGCGUGCACACCCACGACCACGACCACGAGAUCGCUCUAGACCACGACCACAAGCACGCUCACCUGCACGAGCACGAGCACCACCACCAUCACCACGACCACGAGCAUGAGAACGGUUCCCACGACCACCCAGAGGGCACAGUGAGGAUGCUGCCCGCCAUGGACGGGCCCAUGACCCUGCCUUCCUUCCCCGAUGAACCCGUCGGUGAGGUUGGAGUCGUCCUGCCCCUCAAGCCCGACCCCCAGAUCCCAGGAGAGAUGGAACCCGUCGUUGUCCCCUUCCCCACCUCAGUCUCAGCCCAGUGCCCCCCUCCAGCAGCAGGAGAGACCCUGGUGGAGAAACUCUUCGCUGAGGACCCCAUGUUCCAGCCAGCUGCAUAAGGAGGCCCGUGGAGUAGAAACUGAAUAGAAACUCAUCCAUAGACACAGAUUGUAGUGUAGUAGAGUCAAGAAAACCCUGUUUCACAUGUGACACAUCCAUAGACAGUGUCACACACCUACACUGCUUCCCAGAGUCGUUCUUGGGCAAAAUGGUGAUUUAUUCAAGCACAUAACAUGUAACCUGUUAUGUGCUUGAUGUACCAUGUCAUAGGGGCUGAGUACAUUAAAAACAACAUCAACCUGUUUUUUUCCUAAUUUUCCCUGUAUAAUAACAAAACGAUUCACACAGAGGAACCACCUUCCAACCUUCACAUCGUCACUGUCACUGUACAAUUAAGACAGAAAACCUUUUCUGUGUUUGUAUAUUAUCUGGGCUUGGCUGAACAACAUAAUAAAUGAUACCACAAAUACUCA